AUGGAUGAAGUUACUAGCACAGAAACUUCAUCUCAAGAAGUGCCAAAUGCUGAAUGUCCUCUUUGGCAGUAUGUGACUAAAGUAGAAAAACCACCGGGUGCUGCCAUUAAAAAAGGGGGAAACACAUACUUUAAGUGCAACUAUUGUGGUGUGGUUUAUUUGGGAUCCUAUUCUAGGGUUAAGACUCAUUUAUUAAAAAUUGCUAAUAAAGGCCGUGGGCCUAUACCUAUUUCCCCAUUUCGGAGACAGGAAGGGAGUGAUAGUACAAAUCCGGUUGAUGGUAAGAGGAGGAAGGUGGCUGGGAUUUCUCCUAUUGAGAAAGCAUUCCAGAAUACUACUAGAUAUGAAUUGGAUAGUAGAAUUGCUAGGAUUUUUUACACUGGUGGGCUUCCAUUUAACUUUGCAAGGAACCCAUAUUAUCGUAAUUUCUAUGCAUAUGCUGCUACCCAUAACAUCCCAGGUUAUGUUCCUCCUGGAUAUAAUGCCUUGAGAACAACACUUUUGCAAAAAAAAAGAGCUCAUGUUGAAAGACUCUUGAAACCAAUUAAGGAUUCUUGGCUUGAAAAUGGUGUAAGCAUAGUUUCUGAUGGAUGGUCAGAUCCACAAAGAAGGCCUCUUAUUAAUAUUAUGGCUGUAUCAGAUGGGGGUCCGGUGUUUGUAAAGGCAAUUGAUGGGUCAGGUGAGUUCAAAGACAAACAUUAUAUUGCUGGGGUGUUAAAGGAUGCUAUAAAAGAGAUUGGACAUGAAAAAGUUGUCCAAGUCAUCACUGAUAAUGCUAAUGUGAUGAAAUCUGCUGGAGCUCUUAUUGAAGGUGAGUAUCCUAAAAUAUUUUGGACACCCUGUGUUGUCCACACUCUCAAUCUAGUUUUGAAGAAUAUUUGUGCAGCAAAAAACACUGAAAAGAAUGAAGUUACAUAUGAGGAAUGUAGUUCGAUUACACGUAUUGCUGAUGAUGCAUCUUUCAUACGUGUUUUUAUUAUGAACCAUUCAAUGAGGUUGGCAAUGUUUAAUGAAUUUAGUCCAUUAAAAUUGCUCCAAGUUGCUGAUACUAGAUUUGCUUCAAUUGUUGUAAUGCUGAAAAUGUUGAAGUUGAUAAAAAGAUGCCUUCAAGCCAUGGCUAUUAGUGAGCAAUGGGCUUCUUAUAGGGAGGAUAGGGAGGAUGAUGUUGGAAAAGCUGUAAAGGUGAAAGAUAUGAUUCUAAGUGAUCUUUGGUGGGAUAAAGUUGACUAUAUCCUUGAAUUCACAGCACCUAUUUAUGAUAUGUUACGAGUAGCCGACACAGAUAAGCCUUGUCUUCAUCUUGUGUAUGAGAUGUGA